UGAUAGUAACUGUUGAAGCUGUUCAUAUGAGAAUAAAUUGCAGAAAAUGCAAAAUUACAGACCGAUGAGGUUUGUCUGAUUGCAUAGCAUUCGUUGGUAGUUGUCUGAAAAAUCUCUUACCCUUUGGCCAUAAUCAAAAGCCAAAGCACUGUAGAAAGGGUUCACCAUCCUCAAGCUAACAUUCCCUUUCUUCCACUGCUCAAAUUCAGACAUUCUUAUCUUCAUAGAUUUCAUUGAAGUAUUUCUCUCCCUUUCCCUCUCUCUCUCUCUCUCCAGCUUCCUUCUACUUAUUUCUCUGUUCACUUUCCCGUUUUUAUUUUUUGUUUUAUUUUUUUUUUAUUUUCAUGUCUAUCCUCUUCUCGUAUGAGACUCAAAGUCUUGUUUAUAUAACAUACUACCUUGUGCAGCUUUUGUGGUACUUGAAAUUUGAAAACUUGAUCUACUUUUGCUUUGUAAUUUUAUUAUCAGCACCCCUUUGGGUCAUAUAUUGGUUACCUCAGUUGUCUUUCUGUUCAUUUUUCCAAAAUUGUUGUAAAGUUGGUUUUUUUUUUUUUUUUAUUUAUUUCUGGUCCCUUCAUUCUUUUUCAAGUCUUUUCAUUCUUUUCCAAAAUGAAUUUCUGGGACUUUUUUUGCACAAAAAGCAAGAACUGACUGGAUUCUCCAUUUGUGUUACUGUGUCUCUAAGUAAGAUUUGAAGUUUGUUGUUUUCUUUUUGGUAGGUGGAUCCUAAGUUCAUGAGUUCCCCUUUUUCUCCAACUAAUUUGUUUUGUUGUUGAAUAAUAAUUCAAUCAGGUGACGAUUUUUUAUUCUUUAAUGUUGUAAAAUUGAUUAUUUUAGUAACUCAUCAUUAUUUUUUAACUGAGGACCUUCAAUUUUGUUUUUUGAACAUUGAUGAUUUUCUCACAAAUCUUGUCUCCAAAGUUAGUGAUUUCAUAGAGGUAUGCUGUGUUAAUUUUCCUGUUUGUUUCAUAUUCAAGCUCACUUCUGGUUGUGGGUUUAUCAUUUACUUGAAGACAGACUUGAGGUUAUUUCUCAUCUCAACAAUUGCUGUGUUUUCUCUGCAACUUAAAAUCCAGCAUCAAGUGGUUUUAAAUUUCUCCAGGAUCUCUCUAGUGUACUGCAUUACUGGUUGAAAGUGAGAUCUCUAGGGAUUUUAUUGUACUUGUGCCAUGAUUGAUUAAAUAGUGACAUUUAAUCCUGAAAUUGAUGACAGUCUCCUAUUUUGCAUAUUUGGCGUGAACUUGUUUUCCUUAAAUUCAUACAUCACAAUUCAGUACACAAGAUUUGAAUCAAGCUUGUUUUUAUUUCAUCAUUUCAUUUGUGGAUGAAAUUUAGUUAGGAACUGAAUUCUAAAAUGCAUUUCAGGUAGGCUUCAUAAGUGAACAGAAGUUCACUUCUUCGCAAAGUUUAACAGGCCUAGAGAAUGAGUCAGCCUAAAAUUAAGCGCAGAGUGGGUAAAUAUGAGGUAGGAAGGACCAUUGGUGAGGGAACUUUUGCAAAGGUGAAAUUUGCAAGGAACUCUGAGACAGGGGAGAAUGUGGCUCUCAAAAUUCUUGACAAAGAGAAGGUGCUCAAGCACAAGAUGGCUGAACAGAUCAGGCGGGAAGUAGCAACUAUGAAGUUGAUCAAGCAUCCACAUGUUGUUCGACUGUUUGAGGUCAUGGGAAGCAAGACCAAAAUAUAUAUUGUUUUGGAGUAUGUGACUGGGGGGGAGCUCUUUGACAAAAUUGUAAACCAUGGACGGAUGAGUGAAAAUGAAGCACGUAGAUAUUUCCAGCAGCUUAUAAAUGCUGUUGAUUAUUGCCAUAGCAGGGGUGUCUACCACAGAGACCUGAAGCCAGAAAAUUUGCUACUAGACAAUUAUGGUAACCUUAAAGUAUCGGAUUUUGGGUUGAGUGCACUCUCUCAGCAAGUUAGGGAUGACGGACUUCUCCAUACUACAUGUGGAACUCCAAACUAUGUUGCUCCAGAGGUUCUUAACGAUAGAGGCUAUGAUGGGGCAACUGCAGACUUGUGGUCAUGUGGAGUGAUUCUCUUUGUAUUGGUUGCAGGUUACUUGCCUUUUGAUGACCCAAAUCUUAUGAACCUGUAUAAAAAAAUCUCCGCUGCUGAAUUUACUUGCCCCCCAUGGCUUUCUUUCAGUGCCAGGAAAUUGAUAAGUCGAAUCUUGGAUCCUGAUCCCACGACUCGUAUUACUAUACCUGAGAUUUUGGAUGAUGAAUGGUUUAAGAAAGAUUAUAAGCCUCCAGUUUUUGAGGAGAAUGGGGAAACCAACCUUGAUGAUGUGGAGGCCGUCUUUAAAGAUUCUGAAGAGCACCAUGUAACAGAGAAGAAAGAAGAGCAUCCAACAGCCAUGAAUGCAUUUGAGUUAAUUUCCAUGUCCAAAGGGCUGAACCUCGAAAAUUUGUUCGAUAUAGAGCAGGGAUUUAAAAGGGAAACAAGGUUCACAUCAAAAUCCCCUGCAGAUGAGAUAAUCAACAAGAUUGAGGAAGCUGCAAAACCUCUUGGCUUUGAUGUGCAGAAGAAAAAUUACAAGAUGAGGCUUGCCAAUGUGAAAGCUGGAAGGAAGGGAAACCUUAAUGUUGCCACAGAGAUAUUUCAAGUGGCACCUUCUCUUCACAUGGUUGAGGUACGAAAAGCAAAAGGCGAUACAUUGGAAUUCCAUAAGUUCUACAAAAAACUUUCAACAUGCUUGGAGGAUGUUGUUUGGAAAACAGAAGAUGAUAUGCAAGAAGAAACAAAGUGAUAUUUGAUAUCAUUGUUAUCAAGUGUAAUUUUCUCGGUGUCUCACGUUCUACUAUUUUCCAAUUUCUUCAUUCGUUAUUUCCCCUCGUAAAUUUGUUUGGACAUUGCAUAUUUACUCAUAUGUUGCGUACCAUGCUAUUAUUUUUGGAAAGCAUGCAGAGUUUAUGUAAGAAGUUUUACUCGUAUACAGUUCAAGUUAUGUUCAUCAAACAAAAAAUGUAAGAAAUUUUGUACAUUGUAUAUAGCUAUUUUAAUGUUCCUUUUGCUAGUAAUAUCUUUUGCAUUUGCUGC